AUUCCUCUGGUAAAUGUUUCUAUUUUCCUGUGCAGUAAUUGGGAGGAUGAAGAAACCUCUUCUAGGCUUGAUCUGACGGCUGAUAUCAGCCCAUCCCAGCGCCUAUGAAUUUAGGCCACACGAUUUGUUCUGGUUGUUGACCGUCCGAUACCAGCUUCCUGUCCAUCCAACCGUCCAAUAUUAGAAUUUGAUUUUCAAAAGCAGAGGGAGAGAAAAAAAAAUAGAGAGAAAUAGAGAGAGAGAGAGGCUAUAGCUACCCCUUCAGCUCUGCUUCGCCUUCUCAAAAAUUUUCCCGCAGCUUUUACAGAGGAAGAGAAAGAGUAGAAACGGAGCGUAAAGGGCGAAAAUAAUCCCGGAAAAAUUGUUCCUUUGUCGUUCGUUUAACCCCCUUUGCCUCGCCGGAUCUCCACCUUGCGAUUUUUCUCCGGCUGGGCUGAUUUCCCUUCCAUUCGAUCGAUUCCUGUUGGCCGCAUCUGCCUUUUAUAGAGAAGGGGGAAUUGAAGGAAAGCCCUUGGAUAGAUGGGGAAGCAGGGAUGUUAACAACGGAGGUGACAGGUUCGUGUGUCAAGUAUACUUGGCCCUCGCGUUAUCCAUUUGUUUUGCCGUUAAAUGGAGCAAGGAAUUCAAUCGGCUUCACCGGCGGCGUCGGAUUUACCUCCGAAGAAGCUCGUUCGGCAGUUGGAUUUCACGACAGCGUACUGCGGGGUUCCGGCGGUGGGGGCGGGGACGCUGCCCUAUGAACAUCAGCAAUUGCCACCGUUGCAGAAGCAGAUGCACGCGUCUCCGCUUCCCACCCCGCGUCCUUCGAUUCCCAUGUCCAUAAAACCUGAAUCGCCAAAAGGAAGGUCAAGGCCUUUAUUUGAGAUGAAAGAAGGUACUCCAACAAGAAAAAAGAACUGUAACUGCAAACACUCAAGAUGCUUGAAGCUGUAUUGUGAGUGUUUUGCAUCUGGAGUUUUUUGUGAUGGGUGCAACUGUGCGAAUUGUUGCAACAAUGUUGAGAAUGAAGCUACUAGGCACGAGGCCGUUGAAGCUACUCUAGAACGCAAUCCCAAUGCCUUUAGGCCUAAGAUUGGCAAUAGUCCCCACUCAAUUCGAGAUAGUAAGGAAGAUGUAGUUGAAACUACUUUGGUUGGCAAGCAUAAUAAAGGCUGCCAUUGCAAGAAAUCUGGUUGCCUCAAGAAGUAUUGCGAGUGUUUCCAGGCCAAUAUUCUUUGUUCUGAAAAUUGCAAAUGUAUUGACUGCAAAAACUUUGAAGGAAGUGAAGAGAGAAAGGCACUUCACCAUGGAGAUCAUGGGAAUGCUUUGACUUACAUGCAGCAGGCGGCAAAUGCUGCCUUAAAUGGAGCUAUUGGUCCUUCUGGUUAUUUUUCGCCUGCAUCAAAGAAGAGGAAAAACCAGGAUCUCUUCUUUGGCACAUCUGUAAAGGAUCAAUCAAUUCACAGUCCCGUGCAAUACCCAAAUGCUGGUCAUGUGAAGAAUUCAGGGCCUUCUUCUCUUGCUUCUGUUCCUACAGCUCGUGCUGCUAAUCCUGCUUCUUUGGGAUCCGCAAAAGCUACUUAUAGGCCAUUGCUAGCAGACAUUGUACACACUGAGGAUGUAAAGGAGUUAUGCCGAAUUUUAGCCGUAGUAUCAGGAGAGGCUGUUAAAACAGCUGCUGACAAAAGUGUUCAAGGCGAGAAGCAUCUUGAGAUGGAGGAGCAAGCAGAAAGUUCACUUGCUUUAUCAAGCAAUGAUAAGAUUGAGACUCCGGCGAGGCCGCCUGAUCCUCCGAAAAUAUCAGUUGAUGACCAAUCAAAUGGAACAGACAAAAUGACAGAAGAGUCUGGCUCUGACUUUGCGGAUGGUCAGAGAGUUAGAAGGCCUAUGUCGCCCGGUACACUAGCACUAAUGUGUGAUGAGCAGGAUAUGAUGUGUGUGUCAUCUCAAAACAAUAACCUGCCUCCAAUACUCCCCAAUAACCAGAGAAUGACAGAGAUGUAUGCAGAGCAAGAGAAAUGUGUACUGAUGGCAUUUCGUGAAUCCCUCCUUAAACUAAUCAAUUGUGGAACGGCUAAAGAAGCAAAGUUCUCUUCGAUGUCUUCGAAAGCAGAAACUUCCAGCCAUGAAGAUCCAGUCUGCAACAGCAUCAGUAGAAUAUCAGCUUCAGCUAACGCCCAGGUAUCUCAGACUGUAAAUUCAUUUCCUGCUUCUUCAAACAGCCAUUUUCCUGUAGCAAGAACUCAAACUCUAGAGAAUGGAGACUUGAAACCAACGGUUGAGAGUUCUGAUCAUGUAGACAAGUAAAUGAAGGCAAGAAUGACGAUAAAGUUUAUUAGCCAUUUAUGUAGUUCAUCUGUUCUGAUAACCAUUAAGGUGCUGUGAGAGCCUAAUUAUGACUGAGUCAUUAUUUGUGCCUUACCAUUGUCAUAAAAGUGAGCUGAUUGACUCAGCUCAAAAUUUUCACUGAUAAUGUUAUAUAAUGUUGUUCA